GCCAUUGUCUGACGACUUAUCAGUCCCAUACACAUUAGCAGCUGCAUAGUCUGCAAAUAAUAACAUAGAUAUUUCACGAUGAGGAUUACGUACUAACCCUCUGACUGCCAGAGAGGACUUUGAAAGGUUGAUAGCAAUAAGUCACGUCUGGCAGCCAAUGGGUUAUUAAACCACGAUUUCCCUCUAAAGGAAAAACAAACAAACACGUACAUGUCCUCAGAUGGGAAUCUGGAUCUAUUAGGAUAAAAUAGAAAUGAAGGUACAUAUUCAUACAAAAUUCUGCCUCAUUUGUUUACUCACCUUUAUUUUUCAUCAUUGCAACGAUUGUCAUGGGGAGACACAUCAUCAUGCUUCAGAGGAAAACCACAUUCAGCUCCAUAACGACUAUCAAAUCUCUGAAGAGCCAUAUCUCAAGAAUGGAGCCGUAGAGUUAUCAACUAGUAAGACUUUAGGGCCCGAAAUUUUACCUGAAGCGGAACAUGAACAAAAAUAUUACAUUGAAAAACUGUUUCACAGAUAUGGUGAGGAUGGAAGAUUGUCUUUCUAUGGACUUGAAAAACUCCUGGCCAGCUUAGGCCUUGGCGAGGUGAAAAUUGUUGAAAUAGGUCAUGAAGAUAUUGGGCAUGACCAUGUCUCUCAUUUAGAUGCUUUAGAUUUACAAGAAGGAAAACAUAUUCAUGAGCACAAUGAUUUAGGUUCACAUGUGGAUUUAGAGAAUGAAACAAAAACUACUAGUGACUACCAUAAAUGUGAUAUUAGGAAAACUGACUCUUCUGAAUCUGUACAAACUAAAGCUUCACGUCAUACUCAUCUUCACCAUCAUGGCCGUGAUAUUAAUGGCCAUUUACAUAAUAGCAGCCACCAUUCCCACAAUACUACAGGAGGUCAUGUAGAACAGGACGGGCAGAGUAAUGAGCCAUUAGCCGACACAAAUACCACACAUGAGCAUCCUGACCAAAAAACACGUAAACAUAAGAAGAGGAGGAAAGGAAAGAAGAAUGGGGAAACUACUAUUGAUUCAGUUUCAGAGUUGGGUCUUGAGCACUCAUCCGAUGAAGCAUAUGAUCGCAACCAUGUUCAUAAACCUGUCCAUGAUUAUGACCACUCCCAUGACCACAAUCACAAUGCUAACCACGAUUCUGAAGAACAUAGACCAGUUGAUGAAAAUAGACAUCGGAAUACACAGAAGAGGGAAGCCCCACACGAACAUAUCAAUGUGAACAAAUUUGACAUCAACAUUAUAUCUACACAGAAUCAAAAGGAACACGGUGAAGAAUUUCACGAGCAUGAUGAGUGCUUGAACGUGAGCCAAUUGCUCCAUUAUUAUGGGCUUAACCUUAAUUCUCCCAUCUCCCCUGAACAAUUUGCUUACCUCUGUCCAGCUUUGUUAUAUCAGAUUGACAGUAGAUUUUGUAUCAAACAUUUUGCUGAUCUUCAAGUGGAGAAUCUGGAAAAAAGCAAAGCUGGAGCUUCUGCUUGGAUUUGUGGCCUCAUCUCUAUCACGGUGAUUAGCCUGCUUUCCCUACUAGGUGUCAUCUUGAUACCAAUAAUUAACCAAGGCUGCUUUAAGUUCCUGCUCAACUUUCUGGUUGCGUUAGCUGUGGGUACACUUAGUGGAGAUGCUCUUCUUCAUCUGCUGCCCCAUUCUCAAGGAGGCCACGAUCAUGGCACAGCAGAUCACGUUCACAAGCAUGCAGACGAGGUGGAACAUGUGUCGGAUCAGACUUUUUUGCAGGAGUAUGACAGUGUUAUGAAGGGACUUGUAGCUCUCGGUGGAAUUUAUCUACUUUUUAUAGUAGAGCAUUGCCUGCAUAUGUUUAAACACUAUAAAGAACAAAAGGGGAAGCAGAAGUGGCUGAAGAGAAAACAGAAAGUUGAUGAGUCUUCAGUUGGUAGAAAAUUAUCUGAUCACAAACUAAAUCGAAGGUCCGAUGCAGAAUGGUUACAGCUAAAACCUGUAGCAGGAACCAUAGAUGGCGUAACCUCUGAAGGUCAAAGACUUGAUGAAACAGAAAUGACAUAUGUUGAAAGUUUUCAGCAGACUCCAAUGAAGGUUUUUGUUCCCGUUGAUGAAGAAAUGCCUCAUAUUAAUAAAGAUGGAUCAUCAUUUGAUGAUCACAGUCUUGAGGAUUUACCAUACGAAAAUAAUCAUGAAAAGACAGACAUUCAAAAGAAACACAAUCACAGUAAACAUUCUCACCAUUCACAUGGGCAUUGUCAUUCUGGGAAGGAUAUGAAGGAUACUGGUAUUGCCAAUAUAGCAUGGAUGGUGAUUAUGGGAGAUGGCAUGCACAACUUCAGUGAUGGCUUAGCAAUCGGUGCAGCUUUUAGUGCUGGAUUAACAGGUGGAAUUAGUACCUCAGUAGCUGUAUUCUGUCAUGAGCUUCCUCAUGAAUUGGGAGAUUUUGCUGUCCUUCUCAAAGCUGGCAUGACUGUUAAUCAAGCAAUUGUGUACAAUCUCCUAUCUGCAAUGAUGGCUUAUGUGGGCAUGCUAAUUGGUACUGCAGUUGGACAAUAUGCCAAUAACAUUACCCAUUGGAUAUUUGCUGUGACAGCUGGCAUGUUUCUCUAUGUGGCACUAGUAGACAUGCUUCCAGAAAUGCUUCACGGAGAUGAAGAAGAAAGUGGACAUUGCGCACUUGGGCAGUUCAUCCUACAGAAUUUAGGACUGCUGCUUGGUUUUGCCAUCAUGCUAGUCAUUGCUCUUUAUGAAGAUAAAAUAGUAUUUGACAUCCAGUUUUGAUUUUUCCCACAGUACUGCUCCAUGUGACUCAGUUGUAAAGUUUGUCUCUGCUUCGUAAAUUGUUCAAAGAAUUCCAUGCAGCACCUGCUUGUGCCAUUUGCAAGAAAAAUGUGAUCCUUAAGUUGUUAAAUACUCUGACUUUUAUGGUACAGUCCAACAUAGCGGAGCUGACCACAAUUCAUUGGCAAUGGCCCCUAAACUGGUCCAGACUAAGUGCAUUUACUCAGACAGAAAGUUGAUUAUAGACACGCUAAGUUCACGUUAACACGGUUUUAAUUUUUCAUUUUACUUCAUUUUUUUUCUUUUAAAAUCACAGCGUCAUUAAAUGGGCGUGUCUGUUGCCACAAUAUCCUUUAGUUGCCAGUGAGGACCACACGCAUUGCUAGUUUAUAUGCUGCAGUCCUCUCUGGCAUCCAGUGGGGUAAAUGAGUUUGUUAAAUAAAGCACUUUUUAUAUAUGAAAUUUAAAGAAGAAAUUCUAAUCUGUAAAUGCACAGUUAAUCCCCUGGUUUCAAUAAUAAAAGACAUUACAAACUGCUCUGCUUUUGUUAAAAGCCCAUCUGAAUAUGAGAAUCAUUAAUAACAUCAAGCUCUAGCUAAAUACUAUAAUAUAUAUGUACAGUAAUAUUAACCUUAGGAAGUCAUUCUGGUAAAUGGUUCAUUACAUAUUUCAAAGCUAUAGAACAGACUUAAAAAUAGAAUCCUUUCUUUGAGCUGUAUAAUAAUAUAGUGUAGGAAUUAUUUUGCUUGAUUUGGGGGAGGGGUAUGUAGCUUUAAUUAAAAAAAAAAACUAUAAAAAAAGUAGAUUCAGGGCUACAUUAGAGAUGUAGAUGAAGAAAGUCUCACGCGCUAUAUAUAUAUAUAUAUAUAUAUAUGUGUGUGUGUGUGUGUGUAUGUAUGUAUAUACAUACAUAUGUACAUAGAGCCAGAUAUAUACACUUACACACACAUAUGAUCACCUGCCGUGCUCUCUUCUCUUAUGCACACCCACCAGUCAUUCUUUUACAGGGACAUUAAACAAUAAAUACUAGGAGAGUUGCUGCACAUGUGCAAACAGGUCAGCACUGAAACACUAGAUUUCAACAUGGCGGCACCUAAAUAUUGUGCUUAUAAAAUGCAUUUAGUGUUUAAUGUCCCUUUAAGCACACACCACAAGACAGUAUGGAGACACAGCACUUCCAUCAUCUGUUUCUAUUUAUUUACAUUAAUUAUCCCCUUUAUGGCCUCCAAUAAAUUCUUCCCUUUCUGGACAGCUGUGCUGUGAUCAUUAUAGGAUCAGCAUACACAAGUAUCUGCCAAUCACCAGUCAUAUCCCGCUCCGAACUGCAGUGUUGUGAUUCCCAAUCAGUAUUUUGCUACUUGUUUAAAGGGACAGUAAUAACCUUGAGAUUUUUAUAUAAAAUGUUUAGUUAAGCAUAAUGAAACAACUUUGAUAUUUAUUUUGUCCCCUUUUCAUGUAAUAUAGCUCUGAAAAUUAAGGAUUUUCAGAACUUGAAAUGCACCUUGUUGACUUCCCAAUGCUAACCCUGCUACAUUUCCCUAAUUGGCUUUAACUGCUAACUGCAAAACAUUGCAUUUUCUACUAACAUUAUGAUUGGCUCCUCUAAAUAAGGCAGAUGCUGGGUAGUGUUUGGCUGUGAAAAUGUUAAUAACAGAAAUAUAUUUUAAUUACAAGGUGUUUACUGUCCCAUUAACCCUGUUAGGCCUAAAUGUACAAAACUAACCGGUUCUAACAAAUCAGAACACUAUAUUUUUGCGAUACAUUAUACGUCUAUUGAAUGUUCCUUUAAGUAUCUGUAUCAAUAAAAAAGGAAGACCUUUUUAGAUCCA